UCUUGAUUGCGGAGACAACUAGCGGGUAGUGGUGGGGUGAAGCUCCCCGCAGUUUCCCCUUAAGACCGCAAGGGGCUGGUCCCGCUGGUCAUUCGGACAAUGGCUGUAUUGAGAGAAGCAUUGAUUCCGCCAAAGAUCUAUUUAUUCCGGUCGAAAAUAUCGAGAUAAGUUUUUUUAUAUCCAUAUACCAGACUACAAGACUUAUGAUGUGCAAAAAAUUACUCCUCGACUCUAAAAAAUAUCUCUCCACCCGUUUUAUCGUAAGUCCUUUCCAAAAUAUUUGUCUCUACGAAAUGAUGCCGCCAUAAAUGUAUCACCUUAUCAGCCAGAAAAUCAGAAGUAAAUCAAACAAAUUGAUUGACUCAUAUCGCCAGCGCCAUUAUGACUGCAUAUUUUCAUGAUUUAUGCACAAUAAUGUCUUUUGAAUAAAACAAAAACAAAUGUCUCGAUUAAUUGCGUAUGAUGAAAGCAAAACAAUGCCCCGGCAAUUUGGAGAUAACAAAAUGGCGGAAGACCAGAAUGGACGCGAGCCAUUUCACUCGUUGGCUGUUGCAAUCGGUUUCUAAAAAAAAGUCAAUCCCUGGUAAAAGUGAAUGUAUUUUUUCUCGUGAUUAAUGGAUCAUUGGAACCUGUUAAAAUUUCCGCGUUAUCUUUCCAUUUUUACCACUCGUCGAUAAUCCAACAGCUGAAAUCCCCAUUCGCCCUGGUAGAGCUCACAUCUCCUCGGCAAAAUUCAAACCAAUUAGUCCCGACAAUGCCCCGACCUUCCGAUCCCCCCGUUUUCUACAAAACAACAACAAACAACAGUCCUAACCCCAGCUGACUCGUCGCCAACCCCCCACCACUGUCCACUGUUUAGAAUCGCAAUCCCAAAUACGUGAGUGCGGUAGUGUUUGGUGCGUUGAGGUUAGAGUAGCUCUAUUUUCCUCAACAAUAAACAUUAAUUCUGCUUUAUUAUCCUCACGAUGAAUUACGCGUUAACAAGUGAUAAGUUGAAGGGACUCAGUGGUGGAUUAUUUCGUGUUGUGAGGGCCGCGUGGUGAAAGACAGUCGUGUGUGUUGUCCUCUCAAGUUUCAGUGAAUGUGGUUUAGCAUUUUUUUUUCUCAAAUUUCCGUUCAAAUUGUUGAAUUAUUCGUAUAACCAGUGGUAUAAAUAAAUAAAUGUGAUGGCAAACACUGAGACACCGGACUUGACAUACUCCCCAGGUGCAUCGUCAGACUGGAGGAAGAGCAUCAUAUUGCAAUUGCGAAAUCGAAAUAGAUCCCAAACAUACUGCUUCGACGAUCUCAUAUGUUUACACAACCGGCUGUUUGAGAGUGUUAAUACACUGAGGGGCGAGAACUUGCAUUUGACAGUUGCCAAUGAAAAAUUACGAUGUGAGGUGGCCGGUGGAUCUGGCACCUCUGGAACAAAUGCUGCACUGGAGGCCAGAUUACUAGCUCAGGCUGAAGAACUCACAAUGCUGCACAGGCGGAGGGGAGAGCAUACUCAGCAGAUUGUUGAUUUGAAUAAUAAAAUUCAGGAGAUGAGCAAAGAUCUGCAGAGCACGGAGGCUAGUUUAGCCGAAAGCCUCGAGGCAAAUGCAUCCUUGCGUGCUGAAUUGACAAUGUACAUGAACAAAGAACGUGAAUUAGAAGGCGUUAAUCAAAUGCUGAGAGACGAGUAUCAGGCUCUCCAAUUGGCCUUUGCUUCAUUAGAGGAAAAACUGCGGAAAAUACAAGAAGAAAAUCGGCAAUUGGUGGAGCGUGUGAUAAAAUGCAAGGCCAAAGAUGCUGAGAAAAUGAACGAGGAGAACGAUAAUUUCAUGAACGAGGGUUUUACCAGUCCAACAGCCUUUUUGAUGCAAACAAUAUCGAAAUUCGGAAAAAGACAAGCAAAGGUCCAGAAAGAUCUGGAGGAUGCCGCCAGAGAUACGAGAGCGGUCAGCCCUGACAGGCUAAGCCUGAAAGAUGGUCUCGGAAUAACUACAGCAGUUCCCUCCAACGUCUACAUAAAAUUCAGUGCUCACGAUGGUGAAGUUAGUGCUGUAAAGUGGUCUCCAGUAGAUAGAAUAUUAGCAACUGGCGGUGCAGAUAGGAAAGUCAAACUGUGGGAUAUAUCCAAAGGUUCGUACGAGAGCAAAGGAAUGCUGGUGGGCAGUAAUGCUAGUGUUAUGUCUGUGGAUUUCGACUCAACUGGAACUUUAAUCCUCGGAGCCUCUAAUGAUUUUGCCAGCCGGGUGUGGAGUGUCAACGAUCUGCGGUUAAGGCACACACUGACAGGCCACUGCGCUAAAGUUCUGGCAGCCAAGUUCCUGGGUGAACCGUCCAAGGUGGUGACCGGUAGUCACGAUCGAACACUCAAGAUCUGGGAUCUGCGCAGUCGUGCAUGUAUUGAAACAAAAUUCGCUGGCUCCAGUUGUAACGAUCUCGUCACCUCAGACGGUGCAGGAUCUACGAUAAUAAGUGGGCACUUUGAUAAGAGAAUAAGGUUCUGGGACACAAGGGCUGAGUCAAGUUCCAACGAUAUUGUAUUACAAGGAAAAGUAACUUCACUGGAUUUAUCGAGGGAUGCCAAUUAUCUGCUCAGUUGCGUGAGAGAUGACACCGUGAAGCUGCUUGAUCUACGUAUGAAGCAGAUUGUUGGAUCAUUCAGUGCUGAUGGAUUCAAAGUGGGUUGCGACUGGGCGAGAGCGACCUUCAGCCCUGACGGCCAGUACAUAGCCGUGGGUUCAGUCGAUGGUUCUGUCUUCAUCUGGAACGUGACUACGAAUAAAAUUGAAACUGUCCUCAAGGAUCACACAUUCGCAGUAACAGCAGUUGCAUGGCAUCCACACGGCACCUACCUCGCAUCGGUUGAUCGGGCGAAAAUGGCAGCUGUUUGGGGGGAUCACGUCUAACACGAGGAACAAUUGUGCCGGAGGCAUUGGAUACCACCACCUACUACUGCCUCACCCGGCCUCGACUGAUCUUCAACGAGCAUCACCUCAGAAUUUCAAUCACCGAGAACCACAACGUCAACUCAAAAAAAUCCAUCAUCGCGUCUCGAACCUCAUUAUCACCCCGACUUCCAUCGUAAUGUGGACGAUACCCACGUGUUAUUGAGUUCCUAAGAUGAUUACCACUCGUUCCUAAUACAGGAAUCAACGACAGUACCGGACUGAGAGAAACGAAAUGAUUGAUUGAUCCAAAUGGUCGAUUGACUUCGUCCCACCGGACAUUAGGAAUUUUUUUCUAAAGCUCUUCAGUAUCAGAACUAGACAAAUAGUUGAUUAAAAAUAACGUGAAAGCUUCGUAACUCUCAAGCGAGACUCAAGAGUUGCUGGACUUUUCACGCAAUUUUCAUUGAACAUUUUCUACUCGUGUAAAAAUUUUCUCUCUCAGUUUAGCCGAAUUUGGAAAUGUGUGGGCUGUUUCAAUAAUCGAAUGACCGAGUGCCCCUUGUGGUAUAUUCCAGAGAAACUGUGGAUAACAAUACAACCCACGGGUUAUUGAAUAAAUUCGAUACAUUGACGAAGUGAUGAUAGCUCAAUAAACAAUGUCUGUCGUCAGCGAUAACGGGUAACAAUUGUAAAUCUAAAUACAAUAAUAUUGAAAAGAUGGGUGGAUUUAACAUUAUUAGAGUAAAUCUCCGUGAUAUGUAACGUAUACACUGUUUUCAAUUGCAAGCUCCAUCGAUCCGAACACAAAUAUGCACUUUGUAUUGUUAUCCACCAUAUUCUUCCAUUCUACUUCGCUCCCCCCCCCCCCCUUCCAACAGCUCCAAUGCUCCAAUAAUCCAAAAUUGACACGAUUAUUAAUGGAUUUUCAUGAUGAAUGCGGGUACAUUGCAAACAGAUUUUAUAUCAUCAAAGGGGUUGAAAGUAAUUCACUGUCUAUUUGUGUAAUCUCCAUAAGUUGUGGUUAUCAUCAUAACAAUGAUGAAAAUCGUGGCAUUUGACGCAUAACACAUACUUCAUUAACUGAAAUGAUUUUCAUACACUUGUAUACGGAAUUUCAGUUGACAUUGUUAGGUUCACGGAGUUUUGCAUAACGUCAUCACAAUGGUCACUCGCCAUUCAUUUCGAGUGCCAUUGCGAUCCCCAGAGUAACAUUAUUUUUAUAAUAAAAAAUCUGGAAAUGACAAAAAAAAAACGAGAAAUUUUAACUAACGAGUGGGUUGAAUGGUGCAAAAUUUCAAUCGUACAAUUUACCGUUUAAUAAGAUUAUGCGCAUUAACAUUAGGCUACAGAUAUGUUAAUAUCACUGUGUUUGUACUCAUCGAACCGAGGACAGCGCGUCACAGGUCGGAGAACACAAAUUUAAUCAAAUUAAGAAAUUUAUAACUGCAAAUAAAGAACAAUGUUUUGAUGUAAA